UGGUAUAAAAGACCUCGAUUUGUGUAAUCUUUAACCAAAAUGUUUAUCAUAAUAUUAUUCUUAUUAUUUUCCCUUGCUUCCUCUUCAAAUUUAUCUCUAGUAAAUGAUCCCAGAUGGCAAGAUAUGUGGAAACAAGAGCCCUGUAGAUGUCCAAAAUAUUUAUUGAAUCUACCUUUUAACGUUACAGGACCUAUACCAGGAAGGUGUGAGUGUCCAAUACAUUUAUUAAAAUCAUCCAGAGCGAAUGCUGAAGACUUUGAAUUUUAUAGAUUAACACCGUUUCGCCGCUAUGGUAUAAAAAGAUACAACGAUAGUUUACAAAUAAAUGAAUUGAACGAAAAUAUUACUAUUGCAACAAUCCCUCAUGUAGUAAAUUACUCUACCAGUUUUAAUUAUCUAAUAUAUUCAAAAUGGUGGUUUAUACCGUAUUUGUUCACUUUUACAUAA